AUGUCCAAAUUGGGCCCAAUUAGCCAUUUUUGCUCCCUGGUGUCACGUGACUCGUUAGUGUUACAAGGUCUCAGGUGUGAAUGGGGAGCAGGUAUGUUAAAUUUGGUGUUUUUUGCUCUCACUCUCGCAUACUGGUCACUGGAAGUUCAACAUGGCACCUCAUGGCAAAGAACUCUGAGGAUCUGAAAAAAAGAAUUGUUGCUCUACAUAAAGAUGGCCUUGGCUAUGAGAAGAUUGCCAAGACCCUGAAACUAAGCUGCAGCACAGUGGCCAAGACCAUACUGUGGUUUAACAGGACAGGUUCCACUCAGAACAGGCCUCGCCAUGGUCGACCAAAGAAGUUGAGUGCACGUGUUCAGCGUCAUAUCCAGAGGUUGUCUUUGGGAAAUAGAUGUAUGAGUGCUGCCAGCUUUGCUGCAGAGGUUGAAGGGGAGGGGGGGGUCAGCCUGUCAGUGCUCAGACCAUAAGCCUCACACUGCCUCAAAUUGGUCUGCAUGGCUGUCCUCCCAGAAGGAAGUCUCUUCUAAAGAUGAUGCACGAGAAAGUCUGCAAACAGUUUGCCAAAGACAAGCAAACUAAGGACAUGGAUUACUGGAAC